AUGGCCCAACCCGAACAUUUGCUCAGUAAUCCAUGGUUUGGAAAAGGGUUUUUCGAACCAGGUCAAUACAAAGUGGCUAUCGAACGAUUUAAAGGUGGUUAUGAUUCAUGUAAACUAUUUCUUAAAUGUGUUGAACAACGAGUGAAAAUUGAACAUGAUUACGCCGCCGACUUGAAAAAAUGGUCACAUACAUGGCAAAAAGAAAUUCAACGAUGUCAAGAGUAUGGUACAACUAAACAGACAUGGUUAGCAUCAAUUGUUGCUGGCGAACAAUAUUUUUAUACUCAUUCAGAAAUAGCUAAAAAUCUUCACGAAAAUUGCAUUGAGAAAAUGUUACAAUAUGAAAAAGAAAAUUAUGAUAAAUCACACAUUAAACACGUGAAAGAGUUUGAAAGAGAAUUUGAAGAAGCACAAAAAAGUUGGCUAAAAUUAUUGCAAAAGAUAGACGCUGCAAAAAAAAUGUAUCGUGAGUCAAAGUACAAAUUAAAGACAUAUGAAGCAGUAGGAGAAAUUCUACAAAGUGAAUCUAGUGUAUCCGAUGAACAAAAACGUAGAGCAAAAGAUCUUGUAGAUAUCCGCAAAAAAGAAAGUACUUCUCAAGAAUCAAAGUAUAAACAAUUGAUUGGAGAAAUGCAAAAUCAGCGACCAAAUUAUGAAAAAGAAAUGACCGAUCUUUUAAAUCAGACACAUGAUUUGGAGUACAAACGUAAAAGCUUUUUUAAAAUGAUGUUUCAAGAGUAUCAUGAUGCACUUUUUUCAACCAGACUAGAUGAAACUCUAACAAAAGCAUCGUCAGAUUUUAAGGAAUUAUUGAAUCAUCAUGAUGCUACACUAGAUGUUAAAUGGUGGAAUAAAACUUAUGGUAGUGAUACGAAUACUCAAUGGCCAACGUUUGACGAAGAAUUAGAUGAGACAAAUACGUAG